CAGGUGCACUUCCGGUGAGGCCUGAGGAAGGGGCCUGGCUGGGCCUUCUUAAGGGAGACUUGGUCUUGCCAAUUGGUACCGGCAUAGGGUGAGCUCUGGCCUGCAGAUGACCGUCCACAACCUGUACUUGUUUGAUCGCAACGGGGUGUGUCUGCAUUACAGCGAAUGGCAUCGCAAGAAGCAAGCAGGAAUCCCCAAAGAAGAGGAAUACAAGUUGAUGUAUGGGAUGCUCUUCUCUAUCCGCUCCUUUGUCAGCAAGAUGUCUCCCCUAGACAUGAAGGACGGCUUCCUGGCUUUCCAAACUAGCCGUUACAAACUCCAUUAUUACGAGACACCCACUGGGAUCAAGGUGGUCAUGAAUACUGACUUGGGAGUGGGACCUAUCCGAGAUGUACUGCACCACAUCUACAGUGCGCUGUACGUGGAGCUGGUGGUGAAGAACCCCGUCUGCCCACUGGGCCAAACUGUGCAAAGCGAGCUCUUCCGCUCCCGAUUGGAUUCCUACAUUCGCUCGCUACCCUUCUUCUCCGCCCGAGCUGGCUGAAGAAAGCGUCCUUCCUCUCCCUUCCCUCAAAAGACUGUCCGGGGCUCUUCCUGACAACAGUUCACACAAGGGACUCUACUGCCAGCCCUUGUAUCCUGAAGCCACUGGAAGCCCCAGCCGAUCAACAGCCUAAAACCAACUCUGUAGCCCUCCUUAUGACAAGAGGAACAAACCCUCGCUCCAGUUUUAUUUCCUCCAUGACUGCAGAAAUACAAAAUAAACUUUUUGUCACCCUCCGCA